GCCGCGGGUAUCAGCUCCAGGCCCAGCUGGGAGCGGGUAACCGGAGCCGGCGGUGGGCACGGGGCACUGGAGCCGCGGGAGGAGGCCCAGAGAGACAAGGCGAGGGGACACUGGGCAUGAAGACCCUCCGGGCGCGAUUUAAGAAGACAGAGAGCCAGGUCUGGGGCCGGAGUGACGAGCGGCUGCUGCAGGCCGUGGAGCGCGGGGACCCGGCCCGCGUGGCCGCCCUCAUCGCCCGCAAGGGCCUGGUGCCCACGAAGCUGGACCCCGAGGGCAAGUCGGCGUUCCACCUGGCGGCCAUGCGGGGUGCGGCCAGCUGCCUGGAGGUGAUGCUGGCCCAGGGCACCGACGUCACCAGCACGGAUGGAGCAGGUUACAACGCGCUCCACCUGGCCGCCAAGUACGGACACCCACAGUGCCUGAAGCAGCUCCUGCAGGCCUCCUGUGCCGUGGACGUCGUGGAUGGCAGCGGGUGGACGGCCUUGCAUCACGCAGCUGCCGGCGGCUGUCUCUCCUGCUCCGAGGUCCUGUGCUCCUACAAGGCGCGCCUGGACGCCCGGGACCCGUCCGGCGCCACGCCCCUCAUCCUGGCGGCUCAGAUGUGUCACACGGACCUGUGCCGCCUCCUCCUGCGGCAGGGGGCUGCCGUGAAUGACCAGGAUCUGCAGGGCAGGACCGCCCUGAUGCUGGCCUGCGAGAGCGCCAGCCCCGAGACGGCCGAGGUGCUGCUGCAGGGCGGGGCGCGGCCGGGCAUCACUGACGCCCUGGGCAGGGACGCGGCUCACUACGGCGCCCUGGCCGGGGACAAGCUGGUCCUGCACCUGCUGCACGAGGCGGCCCAGCGCCCCUCCCCGCCCAGCGAGGACGACUCCUGCGAGGCGUCAUCUCAGAACUCCGUGUCCAGCCACGAGAAGCAAGGGGCUCCCAAAAAGCGGAAGGCACCCCCGCCACCCGCCAGCAUCCCUGUGCCGGACGACCACGAGGCCUAUGAGGAAAUCGUGCGACUGCGGCAGGAGAGGGGCCGCCUGCUGCAGAGGAUCCGGGGCCUGGAGCAGCGCGAGGCGGCCGGGAGGCAGGAGCCGCCCGAGGCGGAGGCCAGCUCCCUCCACAGCCUGGAGAGGCAGGUGCAGGAGCUGCAGCAGCUGCUGGCCGCCAAGCAGGAGGAGAAGGAGAGCCUGGGCAGGGAGGUGGAGAGCCUGCAGAGCCGCCUGUCCCUGCUGGAGAACGAGAGGGAGGACACCAGCUACGACGUGCCCACCCUGGAGGACGAGGAGGGGGAUCUGCCCGGCUUUCCAGGGGCCGAGGCGCUGCUGUCCAAGCCGCUGAGCCCGGCGGCCCAGGAGCUCUUGGCCUCCCUGCAGGAACAGGUGGCUGCGCUCACGAGACAGAACCAGGAGCUGAUGGAGAAAGUGCAGGUCCUGGAGAACUUCGAGAAAGACGAGAUGCUGACGGAGGGCAGCGGCUUGGCCGAGGUCGUCCCCCUCGUCCUGUAUGACUCGCUCCAGGCUCAGCUGGACCAGCUCCGCAGACAGCACGCGGAGGCCCUGCGGGCGCUGGAGCAGCAGGCGGCCCGGGAGGAGGCCCAGGAGGCGGGCACCGGGACCACGAAUAGGCCGGCUGGCCCGGAGCUCAACGGCACAGUGACUCCAGAAACCAGCGUUGAUGGAGCCGAGACCACCGACGAUGAGGCCACGGGAGUGGAGACCAUGGAAGCCCAGGAAGUGCGAGCCGAGGCCACGGAAGCCCAGGCCACGGAAGCCCAGGGUGUGGGAGCUGAAGCCACGGAAGCCGAGGCCACGGAAGCCCAGGCCACGGGAGCCCAGGGUGUGGGAGCCGAGGCCACGGAAGCCCAGGCCACGGAAGCCCAGGGUGUGGGAGCUGAAGCCACGGAAGCCGAGGCCACAGAAGCCCAGGCAGUAGGAGCAGAGGCCACGGAAGCCGAGGCCACAGACACAGCACCCACGAAUGUGGAGGACACAGAAACAGAAGGCUCAGGGGGUGAGGCUAAGGCUUUGAAAAGUGGAAACACUGACACAGAGGCCACGGGAGCAGAGGCCACGGGGGCGGAGGCCACGGUGUCAGGGCCCACGCAAGUGACAGAGAAGCCAGAAGGGACAAUCAACACAGUGAGGGCCACCGAGGCAGAGCCCGCAGGUGCACAGACCACGGGUGUGGAGACCACUGACAUGAAGGCCACCGGGGCCGAGGCCACAGCCCCCGGCACCCCCCAGAGUCUCGUCUUACACCCUGGUGCGGCCGAGGCCUCGGAAAAGCUGCAGGCAGAGCUGGAGAUGAGGAUUCGUGGCUUGGAGGAGGCGCUCCGGGCGCGGGCGCGGGAGGCGGCGGCCGAGCUGCUGGCGGCGCGGGGCCCGUGCCAGGCCGCUGAGGCCAGCCGGCUGCGGGUGCGCGUGCGCGAGGCCGAGGGCGGCGGGGACCCCGCGCAGCUGCGGGCGGCCCUGGAGCAGGCCCGCGAAGACCUCCAGGAGCGGGACGCCCGCCUGCGGGAGCUGCAGGCCGCCGCGGCCCGCCUGGACGAGGCCCGGGCUGGCCGGCUGCUGGCCGAGGAGGCGGCGCGGGGCCUGCGCGCGGAGCUGGCCCGCACGGAGGAGCUGCGCCUGGAGCAGAGCCGGGAGCUGCAGGCGCUGCGGGAGCAGCUGGCCGCCGCCAGGGCCGCGGGGGAACAGCAGCGGGCAGCGGCCGCCGAGCUGGGCCGCGCGCGGGAGGCCGCCGAGGCACGGGCCGCCGAGCUGGCCGCCGCCUGCGAGGAGGCGCGGCAGGGGCUGGCCGAGCUGCGCGAGGCGUCCGAGGCCCUCCGCCAGUCCUCGGUGCCCGCGUCCGAGCACCGCCGGCUGCAGGAGGAGGCGCUGGAGCUCCGGGAGCGCGCGGCCGGCCUGCAGCACGAGGUGGUGGCCGCGGGCAAGGAGGCGGCGCGGCUGCGCGCCGAGCUGGAGCGGGAGCGCGCGGGCAGCGUGGCGCGCACGGAGCACGAGCGCGUGGUGCACGCGCUGCAGGCCGACGUGGCCCGGCUGGAGGCGCAGCUGCAGGAGCUGGGCCGCAGGCACGAGAAGACGAGCGCCGAGGUCUUCCAGGUGCAGCGGGAAGCCUUGUUCAUGAAGAGCGAGCGGCACGCGGCGGAGGCCCAGCUGGCCACGGCAGAGCAGCAGCUGCGAGGGCUGCGCACCGAGGCGGAGAAGGCGCGACAGGCCCAGAGCCGCGCCCAGGAGGCCCUGGACAAGGCCAAGGACAAGGACAAGAAGAUCACGGAACUCUCCAAGGAGGUCUUCAGUCUCAAGGAGGCGCUGAAGGAGCAGCCGGGCGCCGCCGAGGUGCAGGCUUUGCGCGACCAGGUGGUGGCGCUGCAGCAGCGCCUGCAGGACGCCGCCAGGGACCGCUGUGCCGUGGUGGCCUUGUACAGGAGCCACCUGCUCUACGCCAUCCAGGGUCAGAUGGACCAAGACGUCCAGCGCAUUCUGAGCCAGAUCCUGCAGAUGCAGCGGCUGCAGGCCCAGGGCCGCUGAGGCUGCGCCCCAGGGGCCGCCCGCCCCCCGCCCCGCACCCUCACGGGGCCCCUGCCCCCUCCAGGCCGCCCCGCGGGGCCCCGUCCCGACUUUUCUGUAGCCGGCUGCAUCGCUCGGAGAAUCUGUGACAAGUCCUAUCCCCCCCACUCCCAACCCGCCCAUGUCGCCCCUCGUCACGUCCCUGGGUCGCCCCUCCCCCGGGAAUAAAAAUGCAGCGUGCACAGCUCCAAGGCUGGUGGCCUGUGUGUGGAGCCUGGGGGAGGAGCCCCGCUGGGUCUCCCACAUCGGGGGGCAGGUGCCGUCUCUACUGCAAAGCUGGAGUCAGAGCUGGGACUCGAACCCAGCACCUCGGUUCCGCCAGGACGGCGCGCUCAGUCCCUACCUGCCCAGCCCCUCGC